AAACCUAGCGCCGACGUUGGAUGUCGACAGCUGUAACCUUCCAGCACACCGAAUACCCAAUUCACAGACGCAGUCGUCUCACGCCAGCCAACACGAUGCGGUCAAUUCUCACACUUCUCAGCGCAUUGCUGGCAUAUACUACGGUCGUAUACGCCACUGCGCUAACAUAUAGGCUGGAGGCACACGAGAGAGCGUGCUUCUAUGCGCAAGUGGAAAACAAGGGGACCAAACUGGCCUUUUACUUUGCUGUUCAAUCUGGCGGUGCAUUCGAUGUCGACUACACAGUCAUCGGUCCCACGGACAAGAUCAUCCUCGACGGUACCAAGGAGCGCCAGGGUGAUUUUGUCUUCACCGCCAACGACGUAGGCGAAUACCGCUUCUGCUUCAGCAACGAAAUGAGCACAUUUGCCGAAAAGAUGGUGGAUUUCGAAAUCGCUGUCGAAAACGAAGCCGCGCGCGCCAAAAUCCCCUCCAAACAAGGUUCCUCCCCCGAACAGACCUCUGUCCUCGAAGAAUCUAUCCUCAAGCUCUCGGCUCAACUCUCCACAAUAUCCCGCAACCAAAAGUACUUCCGCACGCGCGAGAACCGCAAUUUCAGCACGGUCAAGAGCACCGAGAAGAGGAUAUUCAACUUUAGUUUGAUGGAGUCUGGGCUCAUUAUGACCAUGGCGGGCUUACAGGUCUUUAUUGUUCGCUUCUUCUUCCAGGGCGCGAGGAAAGGUUACGUAUGAGCGGCGUUGCGUUGUGCAGACUGGGAUAGGGGUCUUGGAACCUACAAGUAACAGGGCAUGUGCUUUUGCAUGGAGCCGGAUAGAAAGAGUGGACUUUGCUUUUGUUUGGAUAAUCUGUUUGCGGCGCUAUUGAGGCUGGAGCAUGUGUACAAACACCAUGAUAUCUUUAUGGCUUUUGGGCGCAAUAGCAGGGUCCCGGGCGUGGUAUACUCUUAUGGAGAACGAUGGGCUCCAAAAAUUCAAGCGCGUUGUAAGUGACAUAUCAUGUUUCAUGUGGCACUUCUAGCAAACUGCAACCUUUCA